GGUGACGUCACGGGCCGGGCGUGACGUGCCGUGAGGCGGCGCGGGCCGCUGGGAGCUGCCCGGGAUCGGCGCUCGCCCCCUUCCCCCUCCCCUCCCGCUACGGGUCGCGGCUGGGGCCGUCCCGGCGGCGGGGACGCGGUUCCCCCUUCCCUCCCCCUCCCUCGCCCCGGAGCUUCGAUCCAAGAUGGCGGCGCUGAGCAGCGGCAGCAGCGCCGAGGGGGCCUCGCUCUUCAACGGGGACAUGGAGCCCGAGCCGCCGCCGCCCGUGCUGGGCGCCUGCUACGCCGGGAGCGGCGGCGGCGACCCGGCCAUCCCGGAGGAGGUGUGGAAUAUCAAACAGAUGAUUAAAUUAACACAAGAACAUAUAGAAGCGCUGUUAGACAAGUUUGGAGGAGAACAUAACCCACCGUCAAUAUAUCUAGAGGCCUAUGAAGAGUACACCAGCAAACUAGAUGCUCUACAGCAGAGAGAGCAGCAGUUAUUGGAAUCCAUGGGAAAUGGAACUGAUUUCUCUGUCUCCAGUUCAGCUUCAACGGACACAGUUGCAUCAUCUUCCUCCUCUAGCCUCUCUGUAGCACCUUCAUCCCUUUCAGUUUAUCAAAAUCCUACUGAUAUGUCACGGAAUAACCCUAAGUCUCCACAGAAGCCUAUUGUUAGAGUCUUCCUGCCCAACAAGCAAAGGACUGUGGUUCCGGCAAGAUGUGGGGUGACAGUCCGAGACAGCCUCAAGAAAGCUCUGAUGAUGAGAGGUCUUAUUCCAGAAUGCUGCGCUGUUUACAGAAUACAGGAUGGAGAGAAGAAGCCAAUUGGCUGGGACACUGACAUUUCCUGGCUAACCGGAGAGGAGUUACAUGUGGAGGUCUUGGAGAAUGUGCCACUCACAACACACAAUUUUGUACGAAAAACAUUCUUCACGUUAGCGUUCUGCGACUUCUGUCGAAAGCUGCUUUUCCAGGGAUUCCGAUGCCAGACAUGUGGCUACAAAUUUCACCAGCGCUGUAGCACAGAAGUGCCACUGAUGUGUGUUAACUACGACCAACUCGAUUUGCUGUUUGUCUCCAAGUUCUUUGAACAUCACCCCAUAUCGCAGGAGGAGACCACCUUAGGAGAGACCACCCCAGCAUCAGGAUCGUACCCCUCAGUGCCCCCAUCAGAUUCUGUUGGACCACCAAUUCUCCCUAGUCCUUCUCCUUCAAAAUCCAUUCCAAUCCCACAGCCCUUCCGACCAGCAGAUGAAGACCAUCGGAAUCAGUUUGGGCAACGUGACCGAUCCUCUUCAGCUCCCAAUGUUCACAUCAAUACAAUCGAGCCAGUCAAUAUUGAUGACUUGAUUAGAGACCAGGGUGUACGAGGAGAGGGAGCCCCUUUGAACCAGCUGAUGCGCUGUCUUCGGAAAUACCAAUCCCGGACUCCCAGUCCCCUCCUUCAUUCUGUCCCCAGUGAAAUAGUGUUUGAUUUUGAGCCUGGCCCAGUGUUCAGAGGUUCAACUGCAGGUUUAUCUGCAACACCUCCCGCAUCUUUGCCUGGGUCACUUACCAAUGUGAAAGCAUUACAGAAAUCACCAGGCCCCCAGCGGGAAAGGAAAUCGUCCUCAUCCUCAGAAGACAGAAAUCGAAUGAAAACCCUUGGUCGACGAGAUUCGAGUGAUGAUUGGGAAAUACCAGAUGGGCAGAUCACAGUUGGACAAAGGAUAGGAUCUGGAUCAUUCGGAACAGUCUACAAAGGAAAGUGGCAUGGUGACGUGGCGGUGAAGAUGUUGAAUGUUACAGCACCCACACCUCAACAGUUACAGGCUUUCAAAAAUGAAGUAGGAGUGCUCAGGAAAACACGGCAUGUGAAUAUCCUACUUUUUAUGGGUUAUUCAACAAAACCUCAGUUGGCUAUUGUUACACAGUGGUGUGAGGGGUCCAGCUUAUAUCACCAUCUGCACAUAAUUGAGACCAAAUUUGAAAUGAUCAAACUAAUUGAUAUUGCACGACAGACUGCGCAAGGCAUGGAUUAUUUGCAUGCCAAGUCAAUCAUCCACAGAGACCUCAAGAGUAAUAAUAUUUUUCUUCAUGAAGACCUCACAGUAAAAAUAGGUGACUUUGGUCUGGCUACAGUGAAAUCACGAUGGAGUGGAUCUCAUCAAUUUGAACAGUUAUCUGGAUCGAUCCUAUGGAUGGCACCGGAAGUGAUCAGGAUGCAAGACAAAAACCCAUAUAGCUUUCAGUCAGAUGUGUAUGCAUUUGGGAUUGUGCUUUAUGAACUGAUGACUGGACAGUUACCAUACUCAAACAUCAACAACAGGGACCAGAUAAUUUUUAUGGUGGGACGAGGAUAUCUAUCUCCAGACCUCAGUAAAGUAAGAAGUAACUGUCCAAAAGCUAUGAAGAGGCUAAUGGCAGAAUGCUUGAAAAAGAAAAGAGAUGAGAGGCCUCUUUUUCCACAGAUUCUUGCCUCCAUUGAGCUUCUGGCCCGGUCAUUGCCAAAAAUUCACCGCAGUGCAUCUGAGCCGUCACUAAACCGGGCUGGCUUCCAGACCGAGGAUUUUAGUCUAUAUGCUUGUGCUUCUCCAAAAACGCCCAUCCAAGCAGGGGGAUACGGAGAAUUUGCAGCGUUCAAGUAGCCACAGCACCAUGGCAGCACCCACUCUGUUAUUUAAGUCUUGUGUUCCUACCGUUUCUUAACAUCAAAACUCUAUUCUGCUCCAACAAACCUAAAGUAAUUUAGAAAAGAUAUCCAUAAGCUUAAAAGUGGAGCGGAAUGGAACUGCCAGUCCAACACAAUGGGGAAAAGUACCUUUUUAGGAACCAGAAUACUCCGCUGCCAGUGUUCCUCCUUCAACACAAAACACCACGUGCAUUCGGAUACCCGCAGUGGCUGCCUGAGCCGUUGGCAUCAUUCCCAGGAGAGAGGAGAGGGCGCUCGUGGUUUGACUUUGGUGCUCAGGCAUGAGGGGAUGGAGCUGCUGCUGCAACUUAGGAGACUUGCUUUGGAUGGUCUGCCGGUCGGCUUUCUCCCUCUAACAACGUAUCAUCAGAGGCUGAAUAUCUGAUGAGUGCUAAUUAAAAGAAUCAUCCUUUGUUCUGAUCUCUUUUCCUGGUGUACUCACUGGUUUGUGGACAAUGCAGUAUCCCCUUUUCACUGUAUCGGAAUGUCAAAGGCCUAAUUCUAUCUAAAUUUGUGGGUUCUGUUCCGGUAAAAUUGAGAAGUAAGGGAUGGUGGGAGCUGGAGGCGGUGUUUGUCUGAAGGCAAAACGAUUCAUCAGAAGGAAAAGGGGAUGCUGCUGCACUUUUUUUCAGAUUUACUUUAUCGCUUCCUCAAAAAACAAACGACAACCACCAACCUUCACCUUUUCCUUUUCCAGUACGUUCUUGGUGUGUGCAUAUAUAACAUCUUCUAGAAGGGUUCCAUAGAUCCUUCUUUUGUUGGUCCAGCAACAAACUGAAGUUAAAGAAAAAAAAACAACCAUGUAGCGAGAUUGUCCUUUCUUUUUUUUUUGCUUUGUAUCAUAUGAUACAGUAUAUUUAUCAAAGAUGCUGUCGCAGCAUCUGGAGUCUGUACAUUCCUGAUACAGGCUGGGAAUGGUGUAUGUACCUACUUUAAAAGUUUUAUUUUAAAUGAGGGUGCAGGUUAAUGCCAGGUACCUUACCAAUAUGUAAUGUUUUCAUAAAUGAGGAAAAAAGUUCUCAGGUUGAAUUGAAUACAAAUAGAGAACCCCCAAGAAUUACACAUUCCAUAAUUUGUUUUGGUACUUUCAGGAGCUCUUUUUUUUUUUUUUUUUUUUUGUCUUAUUAAAAGGAUUUUUAUCCCAUUAACUAAACGUCCUCUGAUAAGUGUGCGUGUAAAUGUGGAGCAUCUUGUCCUAAUGGCAAGUUGUGUGAUCAAAACAAAACGGUACUUGCUGGAUCCACGCUGAUUACUUCUCACAUCGCUUCCUUCCCUGUGAUCUCCUUCCCUUCUGUUUGUCUUUCCCUUUUGUACUCUUUGCAAACUAGGAUGACGAUGGCAGUUAUCUACUUUGGAGUGCUCUGUUUUCCUGUCCUCCAGUCCUGGUUUUCAAACGGUCGGUAGCUUUUUUGACAAGUUACCCAGUCAGGGAAAACAGCUCAUCCAAUUCUGCACAUUGUUUACCUCUAGUAGAAUAUCUUGUGAUGUGAUCUGUUUGCGGAGUUCUCUGGUAUGUGGUAUUACGUGUAAAUUAUUUGUACAGAGGCAAGUCAGACCACAUUAGAAAGAAAUUCAAGCUCAGAAGUUUUCAGGACUUGAUUCCUGUCUGCCCUGUACCACCCCACCUGAGGCAGGAGAACUGACCCACCUCGAGCUGGGAGGUUCCUGGGGAGAGGAGGGUGUUAGUCAAAAUCACAGCAAAUAAAUGAAGGAUUUAGGUGCGCGUAAUGUGGUGUCCGUACUUAACUGUGUAAGGGGUGAGGAUGCUGUCCUUCCCUCGCAAGGAGCUGGACUGUUCCUGUCUGCACAGCACUGCUCCCGGGCUAGGGCAGAAACACACAUCGGUAGUGGGAUGUGUUUCUAAAGCCCCAGGGUUCUGCGGUGUUGUUGGUAGUCCGUUCAUUUGUCAGUAAAUAUUUACCGGGGUUAUAGGGACCCGACUAAUCUGAAGUGGGAAUUAUAACUGAAAUACUGUGUAUUCAUAUUAAUUCCACAAACAUUAGCAAGACAGCAAUAGUAAAUGACUUAAUAGUCACUACAAGAAUGAAGCGAUUCAUGUUGGUACAUGAAUAGAAUCGACUUUGUGUACAGGAUGCAUUUAAAAAAAAAAAAAAAGAAAGAAAAAAAGCACAAUUUUUUUCUUGUCUGCUGUGGGUCUUCAGAUGCUGUAAGGCUUUUCUCCUUAUUGAGAUUGGCAGGAACUUCCAUAGUAGCAAUAGCCAUUUCCCAGUGCGGAGAAGCUGCUGAGGUGAGCCAUGGUGCGGAGCCCAGGUGGAAGCGGUGCGGGGCCGCGUGCUCAGCAGGCCGGGAGCACGCCCAGGUGUGAGCUCCAGGAGGGCAAAGCCACCCUGUGCGUUGUGUCAGCCCUUGUGUAGGCAGUGCCUGGUUUGUAAGCGUAGGGCAUACUGGAAAUUGAUAUUCUCUUGAAAGAAGCUAUUAUCUGAGCGACUGUGUACAGGUAGUUGGAGAGUCAUUUGUUUCAUAGAGCUUGUUAAAAGCCCUAGUUUCCUUCUACGAGGUCAUGCUAGCAGAAAACUGCUAAAAUAUAACUGUUAAGGAAUUAAUUUGCUUAAAAUGAACUUAUUUUUGUGAAGAUUCAUUACCCAUUAGUCUACAAUAUGCUUCUUGAGCCCAUAGGAAAAGCACAAGGAAAAUUGCUCUCCUUGUCCACGCAAAGCACUUUAUAAGUAACAGAUGGUCUUUGUCUUAUUGGUUGUUUCUCUUAUUUGGGGUUUCUUCGUUUCGUUUCUCUGCUUUGUUUGUUUUUAUUUUUCCCUGAGGAAUAUGCAAGUUGUUUGGCUGCUGUGUAGAGAAGUCCUUUCAGGAUGCGUUCCUACUGGUUUUCACCUUUGUUUGUUUCCCUUUGUAUGGCUGUAGUUUUGUGCUUUCUCUUUAAGAGGUCCCACAUAACACUCAUGGAAAACUUUGGAAGAAAUUUGGUUUGUAAACAAUUGCCAUUUUCUUUUUAAAUCUAUCGAGAAUUGGAAUGGAUGUCUCGCAUGCCAUCAGAAUCAGUCUUAAAGGUGCCCUGCCUGUUUAGCGAAUGGAGAGAUGAGUAGGCAAGAACUGAGUAUCCUGUCUAGCAGAGGGAUGCAGGAAAUAAACUGAGAUGAAAUGACAAAUAGAUUCACGUCAGCUGCACCAAAUUUCUUACACUUUUCUAUAGCGUCCCAAGCACAAGCACAUACUGCAGUGUGGGAGAUGACCGCACGUAUUUGUGUGCGUAUGUUGGGACAAACACCUAGAGAGCCACAUUGCUUUCAGCACUGCAGUAUCUAAUAACUUAUCAGAACUACCAGUAUCCAGUCCCAGCUACUCAUGAGGUCUUUAUUCACCACACACACCUUCCCCUCCGCCUUUCUGAACAGUUAGAAGCGAGCUGUUAGGUCUCCCUGUUCAGUAUGAGAUUGUUUCCUGGGGUGUAUUCACUGGAACUGGAACACUGGGGAGGCUUAAGCCAAAAAAGUAUCAGCACAAAAGCCUCGUUAUUUUGAAAGUAAUUUCUGCAUGAAUUAAUCCUAUAUGCCCCGGAUACAAUUAGCUCAGUGUUUUGUUUUAUUGUUAUUCCUUAAAUUCAUGCAUACCACUAAAUGAAUCCCCUUGUAUUUUUCAUGUAUACCUAGAACAGUCUUUUCUUGUACUGGAAGGCUUUAGUAGCUGAUGGUGAUGCAGAACAUCUGAAGCCUCACAGAGCCAUCUUGCUGUGGCCUCUCAGCAUUGCCUGGACUAGUAUGUACUCAUUGGAGGCAGAAUUUGGCCUUUAUAACAUAAAAUGAAUGAAAUGCUGGCUGUCAAUAAAUACCACGUAUUCCAUGAACAGGGGACAGGGAAGAAACACCAGAGGUUGUUCAUAGAUAGAGUUGUUUCCAUGAGCUCCUCCAGUGUUUUGCAGAAUGUCUGGAGAAGCCAGAUCCUCAGAAACCCUACAAUCAGCUGGAUGUUAGGGUUUGCAUAACUGAAGGGGCAGCUUUAGGGAAGAAGCAUGUAGGCAUUUCACACCAUUACCGCCUGUCUGUGUAAUUCCUUUCUUGACUGUGAGUACAACAUGCGUAGCACAAACUAUUCCUAGUACUGUAGCCCACGUGUCUUCGGUCUGUUGCAAAACUUUUCACCCGUAGCACAGUAUGGCAGGCAGAGCUUCUAGGUACAGCUACGUCCAUUGAAAAUCAGUUGCAUGAAUGGGGCUGCUGUGGCAUCACUUUGAAGGUGCUGGGUUUUCUGUUCUUCGUUUUGCUUAGAAGUUUCUGAAACCAACUCUUGUUUACUGCAGCCAUGCUGGUGUGUGUUUGCACUCCAUGUUUGUUUUGGCAUUUAAAAUAGCUUUUUGGCAUUGCUUUGUUACCUAGAAAAUGAAGUCAUUAAAAGAGCAGAGCAAUGAUGCUACCGAGUUGGCACAAAGACAGCACUAAACAAUGAUGAAAUUGUGGAGGGAGGAUACUUUCUAAAAGCUGCAGGAUAUAGAGGAUACCAAGGGCAAAUUCUGUUUAAAACUGGCAUGUACCUUUCCUUCAGAAGACAGAGAUACUGAGACCUCCUGUUCAAUGGUUUUUUACGUAAAGAUCCCCCAGAAGAGUCUUUGCAGUUUGCCAAAUGAUCAUGUGCCUUCGCAACCUAAAAAGUACAACGGAUUGUAAACCAGGUGCUUUGUAACUGGAGCAGUGGCUUUGGUUUACUUCUGAUGCAGUAGUUUUGUAUAUAUAGCUGUUCAUAUAGGUAGGCAGUUUGGAGUCGGUAAACUUCUCUAAAAGAGCAAGGAGAGCAGGGAACAUACCCAAAAAUGCCUACAAUCAGUUCAGAGCUAGGAAUUGAAGUGUACUAACUCGGUCGCAGCAGACCUGCUAUUUGAAAUCUGCUCUACUGGAAGCUAAAUGAGGUUAAUUUAAAUUAAAAAAUAGAUAAGCCCUCCUUUCCCUCCAAAGACAAAAGGAUCCUGUUACAGAAAAGUAAUAGGAAGUUUUGGAGAGGGCUGAAGGUAUUAGAUGGUCACAGUAUCUUAGAAUGAGACAAUAGGUGAAAAAUGAGAGCUAAAUUAGGAGACAUUGAUGGCUAGUACUCAUGUAAUCAAAUGCAAUGAAUUCCCUGGCCCUGGAGGUGCAGUUAAUCUUGUUAUAUGAAAUAGCAGCAGGCUUCCUUAGCUCUUCCUCAGGCCUCUUGCAGUUUGGCAACAGCACAUAGUGUCACUGUGCAUUGACGCUGGGAGGGGAUAGGUACCUGGUCAGCUCAGGGACAGCCUGUCUAUGAGAUUCUGAGCUGUUCAGACUGCAGCCUGGUCACUGAGGCUUCUGGCAGUACCUACAUACUGGUGUCCUAUUGACUUGUGUGUCCGUAAGGAUGAAAGAAUGGAUUUUGCCAUUAGUGCUUUUUCUUUUGCAGUCUUAGCCUUUAGUUUUCUGGUGUGAGACUUUGGGCCUAACUGUGAAGGGCAGAGUUCCGUCUGAACGCACAGCCCAUACAAAUAUCAGGCUGAUUCGAACUUGUUCUUUGUUCCCUUUAGAAAUCAAAGUCUUAAUUCUAAAAACUGCUUUACUAACACUGCAGGAACUAUCAGAAAUCCUUUACUGACCCGAGGUUCUGCACUAUGAGUGUAUACAUAGACACCGUUUUGUCUUUUGUCAUACAAAAUCACAAGGAUUUUUCCCUCUUUUCCAACAGAAGGGAAAUGAUGGGAGUGUUCAGAACCUCUAAACUGCCUAGGUGUUUGCUUUGUAGCAUCACAGCAGCAGUGUGCUCAGCUCCUCCAGUCCCCUUAUGAGCCAGCCGAGGCCCCUGUCCAGUCCUUUUGUCCAGCUUAUGGCAUUUGCAGCAGCUGUACUUCAGAAUAAGCCUUGCGCGACGUCGGCUGUGGAGUAUCACAGGAAAGCAAAGGAUCGUGUUCUUUUUCGUUGGGGUUUGGAAAAUGGUUCGUUUUUGUUUUGCUGAAUGUCAAUUCUGUGUUGCAUUUGUGUAAUCACCGUAGUGGAAAAGAAAACGUGUCUGUGAGCUUAAUGGAACGUAAUGAGAAACGAAGCCCGCCGUCUGGGCUCAAAUGUUGGGUCUGGGGUGCAAAAUGGACCAAACUGGGGUGUUGGGUUAUUUUGGGAUGGUGGGGGAUCGUGAGGGCAUAAUUUAAAUUAAAUUAACUCUGUCUCAAAUAAAAUGUAAGUGCAAUAAAUGUGCUUUUUUAUUCAAAGCUGUGAACCUUAAGGGGUAAAAAAAAAAAAGAAAACAAAAAUGCACAUCAUUCCUUCAUGAGCCUUGUGUCCUACCUGCCUCCCCCGCGCCACCCUUCUCAACUGACAGAUACCCGGCAGCAGCCAACUUGCAUGUGUUGGCAACCCAAAUCACGCUGCUGCUUCUCCUCCCAUCUCAGCUGCUGGGACGGGGCUAAAGUCCUGCUCCCUGCUGCUUCCACCCUUGAGACUCCUCUGGGAGCCCGUGCUGCUAGAGCAGGUCUGCAGGCAUUCAGGUAAGGGAGCUCUGCAGUCCCUCCAGCUGCCCCCUUUGCCCAUGACUCCCCACCCUGCUGCAGCUCUCCUGGCAGCCUCCCAGCGCUGGACAGAUGACACUUUAGCACCUGCAAAAAGUCAUCAGUCAUCAGCUGCCAAAUUGGAUCCCUGUUUUCCUCUGUCAAAACACACGUGCAGACUGGCCGCCGUUGCCUUCUGCGACUCUGCCUUGUUUUGAAGGAGCAGGUCUACCUGCUUAUGUACCUGCUUGGAACCAGUUGUGCACUGGCUGCGCUGUCUCUUUCUUCCUUGAGCACGCGCUGCUUUUCCUAGAUUAGGAAAGGUGCACCAGUGUCGCUCGGGGCGUUCUGCAGGAGGCUUACUGCAUAGGUUUUAUGAAACAGGGAUGGAAGGUGUUGCACUCGGAUGUCGGACCCUGUGGGGAAGUAAGAAAGGACUGGCGUGUUUAAAGUUUAUAGAUACAGAGAUCUAUAUCCUUUAAACUCCAUUAUUUUUUACAUAUGAUCAAGACAUCAGCAUUACCUCAUAAUGCAGAGGCUUGUUCGUGGGAGGCGAACUAGUAAGGAGAGGAAAGGGAAAUUCAUAGACGGAUUUGAUUCCUUUGUUUCUCAGUGCAAUGAAACGUACGUCCCACCCACCUGAACUGCGCUAACACAACAUUCCUUUCAGCUCUGUGACCACCAGAGGUUUGCGAGGGGCUUACAACGACAAAACGAAAGGUCCAGUCCGGUUACUUUAAUAAAAAGCAACUGUGUCAGUAGAUUUCCAUAGCUGCUUUUUAAAAUCCUACCAUGGAGUCAUUGUUUGGAAACCUGUAUUUAUUUUGUAAUUCAUAACAAAACGUUUAUUUUCAGCUUUCUGUUACAUAGAAGGUCAUGGCAACCCCUUCCCCCCCCCCCCCCCCCCCCCUUUUCUUUCCCUCUCUUGUCUCCCCUGUAAUUGCCAAUACAACUUAUUUUCCUUGUUUGUUCCUUUCCCCUCUACUUUUGUUGUCCCUUCAUUUGUAUUUUGGAGUUUUUUCUCAUGUAAAUUUGUACAAUGGGAAAUAUUGUCCAGUUUGGUUAGAGAGCAUGGAGACUUAAAACAUAUUAAAAUUUGAUAGCUGAAUUCUGAUUAAAGAAAAACUAUUUCUGUGUAAAGUUAUUUAAAGAACUCUGUAUUAUAUAAAAGGCAAAAAGUUCUAUGUACUUGAUGUGAAUAUGAGAAUACUGCUAUAAUAAAGAUUGACUGCAUGGAAAAGUCUGAA